CGGGAACUCGUUUUAAACCGUGAAAGAGACACCGUGCGGCGGUCUGUUAACUCUCCUCCACGAUUCAAAGUUCUUUACUUUACUCGAAUCCUCUCUCUCGCUUCACAGUUUUGUAGUGAUGGGUAGGAGAAAGCAACCCAAGCCGCAGCGUUCGUUGGGAUUGAUCACCGAUCAAAAGCAAGUCUCCGGCGAUGAGGCAGAGGGUUCUCGCCCGAGGACGAAGAAGAAGAAGAGUGUUGAAGAUAUCGAUAAGCCAUAUUAUGUGAACAUAUGUUCUUCAAGUGAGAAGCAGGAGAGACAACACUUUGACAUAGCUGAAGUUGUUCUCACUAAUUUAACUUUAAGAGAAGGUGGUUCUGGUCUGGAUUGUUCGUCACGGUUUCGUCUGUGCAAUGUGACUAACUUUAUUGAUCUGAUGAAGCUCGGUCACUGGCCCGUGUUGUCUUCCAGUGAUGUAACCUUGGAGCUGGUUGAUGGGUCAGUGGUUUGGUCUGGGGGUUUUGAUGGUCCAGGUGAAGGCGUUUGGGGUCUUGCUCAUCUGGCGAGUAUAAAGUUUCUGACUUUGAGGGUUGUGCCAGGUGGUAACGAGGGGUUGUUGUCUCCUAGAGUUAGAGUUGAGUUGCUUCAGGAGGCUUUUGAUGCGUGUGAGUCUCUUCUUGAGAACACAAGGCAGAGGUGGAAAAGUAGUAUGAUUCAUGUCAUGUCUUGGUUGAGGCCGGAGGUAAUGACAUCAGAAGCUAGGUAUGGGACGGAACUAAACGUGCAGGAGGAUGAGAGAUCGAUAACUCAGGAGGACUCUAGUGAACAGUCUAGGUUUGAUGCUUCUGCUUUUUAUGAAGCCAUAAAGCCAUCUAAGACGGAUGCGAUGCUUGAAGAUGAUAUAACUGAUCUGCUCCCAGAACUUAGGCCGUACCAACGACGUGCAGCUUACUGGAUGGUGCAGCGAGAGAGAGGAGAUCCAAUAACUUUGGGAGGCGAAGAAGAAUUCAUCUCACCUUUGUCAAUCUCCAUUGGGUUUCUUGACUCUGCUGCAAAAAUGUUCUUUAACCCAUUCAGUGGGAAUAUCUCAUUAGCACCAGAGUAUUGUUCACCUCGAAUUCCGGGCGGUAUCCUUGCUGAUGAGAUGGGAUUGGGGAAAACAGUUGAACUACUUGCAUGCAUCUUUUCUAAUAGAAAACCAAACGAGGAAGAAACAUCUGUUGUGACUAAUGGGUCACCAGUAACUGAUGAUUUGAAAACUGGCUUGAAGAGAGUGAAAAGGGAGCGUGUUGAGUGCACUGGAGCUGUCAGUAAAAGCCGCAUAUACAAAGGUGUUUGGGUACAGUGUGACAUGUGUGAUGCUUGGCAGCAUGCAGACUGUGUACGUUAUUCACCUAAAUGGACAAGAAAGCAGGCUAUUUGUCAAGAUGCUGAUGAAAAGGCAUCUCAAAAGAAGAGCAAAAAAGACGCUGUUGAAGUUGUUGUCAAACAAGGUGAAUAUAAUUGCCAGAUGUGCUGUGAGCUUCUACAAGUCACUGCCUCUCCCAUCUCCACAGGUGCCACUCUUAUUGUCUGUCCAUCUCCUAUAUUACAGCAAUGGCAUUCCGAGAUUACACGCCAUACACGCUUGGGUUCUCUUGUGACAUGUAUCUAUGAAGGUGUGAGGAAUGCCUCACACUCCAAAGAACCUACGGUGGACAUCACUGAUCUCCUCAAUGCUGACAUUGUUUUAACAACCUAUGAUGUCCUCAGAGAUGACUUGACUCAUGAUGGAGACAGGCAUGAUGGUGACCGGCAUUGUCUUAGAUUCCAGAAAAAGUAUCCUGUGAUUCCUACUCCACUCACAAGAAUAUUCUGGUGGAGGAUUUGCUUGGAUGAGGCCCAGAUGGUGGAGAGGAAUACAGCUGCUGCAACAGAGAUGGCUUUGAGAUUAUACACUAAACACCGUUGGUGUAUCACCGGAACUCCUAUACAAAGCAAACUUGAUGACUUGUAUGGACUGUUAAGGUUCCUUAAAGCUAAUCCUUUCGAUGUUUCAAGAUGGUGGACUGAAGUCAUAAGAGAACCAUAUGAGAGGCGAGACGCAAAGGCAAUGGAGUUUACACAUAAACUUUUCAAACAACUCAUGUGGCGUUCUUCAAAAAUCCACGUGGCUGAUGAGCUGCAGCUCCCACCUCAAGAGGAAUGCGUUUCAUGGCUCAAAUUCUCCGCGAUUGAAGAGCACUUUUAUAGCAGGCAGCAUGAGACUUGUGGGAAUUACGCCCGUGAAGUCAUACAAACUCUGAAACGUGAUAUUCUCAAAAGAGGUCAUAGUUCUUCUGAUAAUCCUUUAAUCACUCACGCCGAAACUGCAAAGCUCUUGAACUCGCUCUUGAAACUGCGCCAGGCUUGCUGCCACCCUCAAGUAGGGAACUCUGGUUUACGUUCGUUGCAACAAACGCCAAUGACCAUGGAAGAGAUUCUUAUGGUCCUUGUGAAAAAGACUCAGAGCGAAGGAGAAGAAGCUCUUAGAGUGUUGAUCGUUGCUUUAAACGGGAUUGCUGCUAUUUCCAUGCUUAAGCAAGAGUUUUCCGAAGCGGUAUCGUUAUACAAGGAAGCAUUGAAUAUAACUGAAGAGAACGCUGAAGAUUUUCGUCUUGAUCCAUUGUUGAAUAUUCAUAUUCUCCACAAUCUAGCUGAGAUACUACCACUGGUUCAAAGCCACAAAAGAGAUGUGAGAGAUGAGGAUCAUCAUCGUGCAGCGAAAAGGCAAAGGAUCAAUGAGCGUGAUAGUUCAACUCAUGCUUCUUCAGAAAGUGGUUUAAAGAAAGAUGGAGAGUAUCAUGAAGAGUGCAAAACUCUGGAUACAGUUUGUGAGACAUUGAAAGUUAAGUAUUUAUCCUCAUUCAACUCGAAUCUCUCCAAAGCACAGCAGGAGUUCACAAAAUCAUACGAUCAGGCUUCCGAGUCUUUGAGAAACAUAGGGAAACAACGUUCGGUUUGGUGGUUAGAUGCCCUCCAACUUGCUGAAGAGGAUAAAGAUUUCACCAGCGAGUUGACUAGGAAGAUUGAAGAGGCCAUCCAUGUCUCCUCCAGAGAAUCUUCUCGCUUUAGAACCAUACAUGGGAUGAAACUUCAUCUGCAGACAUGUAUGGAUACGCUAGAAAGCUCUAGAAAAACAGUGAUGGAUAAGCUUUUAGAGAUCAACAAGACUAUGAAGAAACCAAGAGUGGAGGAUAUUGAGUGUAUUGGUAAUUGCAAGUAUUGUAAUAAGAAAGAUGAUGGCCCUACUUGUAUUCAUUGCGAGCUAGAUGAACGAUUCCAGGAAUAUGAGGCUAGGCUGUUCCGUCUUAACAAAUCUCGUGGAGGAGUAAUGGAACAUGCAUCUGCUGAAGAGAUGGUAGAUCUACAGAAGAAGAAGUCUGCUCGUAAUCAUUUCUUUUUCGGUUUGUCAUCGAGAAACAAUCCGUCAUCUGUUGACAACGAAGAACCCACCAAAAGAAAUGGUGGUGACGCCGUUAUUGUUUCAAAAUCUGCAUCUGAGACGGAAGUGGUUCUUGGUGUGAUAAGAAACCAUUGCAAGUCUUAUUUAGACAGUGAAAGCAAAUUGGCAGCUAAAAACCAUUUAAAAACUCUUGAGGUGAUGAGGAAGGAAUAUGCACAUGCAAGGGACUUGGCUAGGGCUCAAGCUAACCUUCUACGUGCCUAUGAUGAGAUUAAGAUGGCGACGAUGAGACUACAGCUUAGAGAAUCUGAAGAUGACACGGCCAUUUAUGCUUUGAGUCUUGAUGAGUUAGACGCUGCUAGUGUCCAGAACACUAAUGAUAAAUUUUUGGCUCAGUCCUCAUUACUUAGUAUAAAAGGGAAGCUUCGUUAUCUGAAGGGGUUGAUAGAAACCAAACAGAAACAAGAAGAGAGUCAAGAUCACUCCUCACCAGUAGAGGAAACAGCUAAGGCUUCAGAUCCUGUUGAACAGGAGAGAGAAAACGUUCUAAAGCGAGAGGAAGCAUGUCCUAUUUGUCAUGAAACCCUACGGAAUCAGAAGAUGGUUUUCCAGUGUGGGCACAGCACUUGCUGUAAAUGCUUUUUCUCCAUGACUGAGCGUGGUUCGGUUCAUGAAACUAUGCGAAAGUGGGUGAUGUGUCCAAUAUGCAGGCAACAUACAGAUGUUGGAAACAUUGCGUAUGCUGAUGACAGACAAAACGGUUACUCGUCAGGUCAAGAUCACAGAGAAAACGAAGCAUCAUUAUCUGUUCAAGGUUCAUAUGGAACAAAGAUUGAAGCUGUUACUAGAAGAAUCUUAUGGAUCAAGUCAAGUGACCGGGAAGCUAAGGUUCUUGUUUUCUCCAGCUGGAACGAUGUUCUUGAUGUGUUGGAACAUGCCUUCUCUGCAAACGGCAUCACUUUCAUUCGGAUGAAAGGAGGAAGAAAAUCACAGACGGCAAUUAGCAAAUUCAAGGGGACAGAGAAAGAAUCGAUCCAAGUCCUGCUGCUUCUGGUGCAGCAUGGUGCCAAUGGUCUUAAUCUUCUGGAAGCACAGCAUGUUGUUCUAGUGGAGCCGCUUCUAAAUCCAGCUACAGAAGCGCAAGCUGUUGGGCGUGUUCACCGGAUAGGACAAGAUAAGCCUACUCUAGUUCAUCGCUUCCUGGUAACGGGUACAGUGGAAGACAGCAUCUACAAGCUGAACAGGAGCAAGAACGUAAACGUAAGCUCAUUUAGCAGCAGCAGGAAUACAAAGAAUCAAGAUCAACAGAAUCUGACACUAAGAGACCUAGAGUGUCUAUUUGCUUCACCACCAGCAGAAGAGACAGAAGAAAACGAGGGAGAUGGAGAGAGGAAUCUGAGAGAUCUACCGCCCUCAGUGGCUGCAGCUAUGGCAGCCGAGAGGAGAAUGAAAGAAAGCAAUGAUGCAUCAACAUCAACAACAAACACAUCAUGAUUGCAGAGAAGAUUUGGUGGUUGUUGGAGCAUCUUGUUGUCUGUAUAGAGAAGUAGUCCAAAGAUACACUGCUUCUCGUUAGUGUUGUCUGCAUUCAUUAUGGAUUACUUUUAACCUCAAACUUUUAGAUUAAGGCUUAGGCAAGGUGAUGGGAUGGGAGUUUUUUUCAAGAUUUUUUGUAUUGCAACAAACAUUUGCUGCAUUAGGAAAGCUUCAUCUAUGUAUAUAUAUGAAUUAGAGUAACAUGAGGUUGAAAUUUGGAAAGGGUCUUCUUGAUCUGUAUAUACACUUUCAUAUGAAAAUAACAACAUAUGAUAAAAAAGCCAAAUGUGUACUCUUUGCUGAGAA